UGGCAUAAAAGUCAAACCUACACGUCACCAGUACGCUGACCGUAGGGCCUCGUAGAGUUGCCGCGGUUACCACCUUCUUCUGCUUCUCGCUCUCUCCGUCUCUCCUCGUCCCUUUCCCUGUCUUUGCUCCUUUUUCCACUCUUAACCGAAAACAUCUCCGGCUUGGGAAAUCAGAGCUCGCGGGGACGAUCGCUUCUCUUCAAGAUGAGCGUGAUCGACUUGAUCACCAGGGUCGACGCGAUUUGCCAGAAGUACGACAAGUACGACCUCGACAAGCAGAAGGAACUCAACGUCUCCGGGGAAGAUGCUUUCGCUCGCCUCUACGCCGCCGUAGAGGCCGACGUCGACGCCGCCGUCCAGAAAUCGGAAUUGGCGGCGACAGAGAAGAAUAGAGCGACUGUGAUUGCGAUGAACGCGGAGAUUCGUCGAACGAAGUCGCGGUUGCUUGAGGAACUCCCGAAGUUGCAGAGACUAGCUUUCAAAAAGGUCAAGGGGCUUUCAAGAGAAGAGCUCGAGGCUCGAAGUGAUUUGGCCUCUGCAUUGAAAGAUAGGAUAGAAGCAAUUCCAGAUGGAACUGCUGGUGUAUCCGGACAAAACGGUGGUUCUGCUGGUUCAACCUCACGCACAGGAAUUAAAUUUGACUCAACUUCAGACAGGAAAUUUGGUAGUGAGUAUCAUCAGCAAACUGAAGAGUCGGAUAGGUUUAGGCAGGAGUACGAGAUGAGGAGAAUGAAACAGGAUGAAGGCUUAGAUGUCAUUGCCGAAGGAUUGGACACACUGAAAAACAUGGCCGGGGACAUGAAUGAGGAAUUUGACAGGCAGGCACCUCUGAUGGAUGAAAUAGAUGAAAAGGUUGACAGGGCAGCCUCUGAGCUGAAAAACACUAACAGGAGGCUUAAGGAUACAGUUACUCAGCUGAGGUCCAGUCGCAACUUCUGCCUUGAUAUCGUUCUUCUGUGUAUAAUUCUCGGCAUAGCAGCUUACUUGUACAAUGUUCUGAAGUGAAUUGAUGAGCCAGUGUAGUUGCUACUGGGGUGCCUAGAUAAUUUCUCUUGUACGGGGGGGUUCCUAAAGGUGGUGAGAAAUACGAUUGACCUUCUACUUGUCAUGGAUGUUUUAGAUCCAGCCCAGGUGAUAAGCAGCUAUUCAUGAACAACCAAAUGCACAGUACCAGGAAGUAUGAUGACGAUGCUGUGUGAUUAUGUGAUUCUAUGCUUAUAGAGACAGACAACUGCAGAGUUUGCACGACAGUACGUUGAAUUUUCAUGACAGCACGAAUACUUCA